GGGCUCAAUCUGCCAUGCAUCAACUCAAGGCGAGCGGAAAGUCACCAAGUCCGACGGGUUCUUUCAUCGCAGGAAUGUCGUGGCGGGAUUAUGCGCCAUUAUUCCUCUUUGCAUUUCUGGUCAAACUCUUCCUUAUCCCGUCCUACCGCUCGACUGACUUUGAAGUUCAUCGCAACUGGCUGGCAAUAACCCACAACCUCCCCAGUGCCAAAUGGUAUUACGAGAAUACCUCAGAGUGGACCCUAGAUUAUCCUCCGUUCUUUGCCUGGUUUGAGUGGAUACUUUCCCAUCCAGCGCAGUUAUUCGACGCCAAGAUGCUGGAAAUUGAUAACCUCCAGUAUGCCAGCUCUGGUACUGUUCUGUUCCAAAGACUCAGCGUUAUGGCGAGCGAGAUGGUCUUCUUUGCGGGAGCUUUGAGGAUAGUUCAACACGUUCGAGACAGGCGACAUAGGCUCAUAUUCCUGGGGAUCAUUUUUUGGAGUCCGGGUUUACUGUUUGUGGACCACAUCCAUUUCCAAUAUAAUGGGUUUCUGUACGGAAUUCAGCUGUUUUCGAUAUCUGCAAUGCUGCAGAAUCAGCCAAUUAUCGGCGCGAUCCUCUUCGCAACAAUAUUGAACUUCAAGCACAUUUACCUCUACCAAGCGCCAGCUUAUUUUAUCUAUCUGUUACGGAGCUACUGCUUUCGCGCAGACCGCUUCUCUUUCCCAAACUUCCUACUCCUUGGCGCGGCAACAAUUGGAGUCUUCACAGCCUCAUUCGGUCCCUUCAUAGCCCACAUACCACAGAUCAUAGCCAGACUGUUUCCCUUCAAACGUGGCUUAUGUCAUGCAUAUUGGGCCCCUAAUUUCUGGGCGCUGUAUGCAUUUGGAGAUCGAGUUUUGAUACAUGUUGCUCGUAUCAUAGGCCUCAGCGCCGGCGUUGAAACCGCGUCAUUGACCAGGGGACUUGUUGGAGAUACAGUCUUCGGCUUCCUUCCGGAUAUCAAGCCGGUGCAUACCUUGCUUUUGACUGUACUUUCUCAAGUGCCCACACUGUGGAAACUUUGGUCCGAUCCGACACCAGCGCGAUUUAUCGAUAGUCUCAUUCUUUGCGGCUUUGGUUCAUUUCUGUUUGGGUGGCAUGUGCAUGAGAAGGCUAUCUUAUUGGUGUUGAUUCCAUUGAGUUUGCUGGUGAGGAAAUCACCGGAAUACGCACGAAUCUUCUAUGUGCUAGCCUGUACUGGUUAUUAUUCGCUUUUCCCACUGUUGUUCAGACCAGCAGAAACGGUUAUCAAGACCAUCACGCUGGUUGCGUUUGCUUUGUUUGGACACCAUUUCCUGGCGAUGCUGCAUAGCGUGCAUGGAAAGUCCAGUUCCGACUUCCAAGUCCUCCCUUGGGAACGAAAUUACCUCCAGGGCCUGAUACCCCUGUUUCUGUACACAGAACUCAUCCAUCCAGUCUUCCUAGGCCCAGAUAAAUUCCAAUUUCUCCCACUGAUGCUGACAUCUAUUUAUUGCUCAGUUGGAAUCCUCUAUGGAUGGGUUAUAUUAUAUCAGUUGGGUAUUAGUUAAGUAGAAAAAUCCAAAAAAAAAGAAGACUAUAUAUAUACAAAUUCCGAAUUGUCCAAGGGACGCCCGCAUCAGCCGAUUUGGUUGACAACAAAUGAG